UUGCACGAGUAGCUGAUCAGGUGUUCUUGAAAUAUUUAUCCAAAUAUGGAAGAAUUUUAGUCUCCAAAAGCCAAACACCCUCAGUGAAAGCUAAAAAACAAGAAGCGACUAAGCUUAUUUCCCGUCAUCUUUUAAUUGACAAGGGUAUUGAGUAUACGCCGCAGCAGGUCAGCAAAAAGGUUCAGAACUUGAAAGCUAAGCUUAAAGCAAAAACAGACGUCAACCGAACAGGAAAUCGCAAGAUCAAUCUAAGCGAUGGUGAAAAAAUAUUGGCGGAUAUCAUGAACGCUAAAGAUAAUCCAGCAAUAAACCCUAUAAAAUGUGGCAUAGCUAUUGCUAAUAAAACUAUUGGUUAGUCGGGUGAAGAAGAUUUCCAAAAAGAGAUAUCCGAUGAAGACAGCGUUUCUAAUUCGCCUAAGGAUUUUCCAACAUCUUCACGUAAGCGGUCCUAUCUUCAAUCAUCUGAUGCGAAAAUACCGGAAAAGGUUCGUUGACAUUAGUUGUUUGCAUAGAUACCUCUGCCUCGAUCCUUUCCAUAUAAACAUAUUUUAAAGAUUCUAGAAAGGUUGGAAACUGAUGAAACGAGAGGGUUGUCCAAUGUGCUUCUACAAAGGCUUGUUCUAUUGCGUCAAUUACAAGUGUUCGCAAGAAAAGAAGAGCUCAUGGAAGAACAGCUCAAGGUAGCAAAAGCUUCGCACGCAGAAAUACGCUAAGGGACAUUUUCUCCUGCAACCUUUAACUUUAAAGCACACCUUAUA